AUUAUUAUAUUUGAUCUGCUUGGAAUUUCUCCGGUAAUUAGCAAUGUGAAAACAAAUUAAAGUUUUAUAAGACGGUUGUUCGCAACCAAUUGAAUAAACUUCUUAUAUCGACGUUUUUCAUAAGUGAUUAUUUUAAGAACGUACAUGUCUGCAAACAGAAUUUACAAGCGAAUUUCUAUCUCUAUUUUGAGGUUAUAUCAUAAGAAUUGUUUAUAGUUUUUAAACUAAUAAACAUGGAUAAACCAUCCACCUCUGGGGUCGCUAAGCCCGUACAUGUACAGAGACUAGAGCGAGCUUUAGACUUAAAUGUGUUCAUGAGGAAUUUUAAUCCAAAUAUUACUGCUAGUGAUCCAGAGGAUGAAAUCUUUGGCCCUGACUCCAAUUGGGAUGAUGUUCUUAAAGAUGAUGAUGCUGGUGAAAAUCCUUAUGUUAAUUCAGAUAUUAUGGAUAUGGAAAGAGCUUGGUUAGUCGAACUAAUGCAAGAAAUGUCUAAUCCUGAAGAAGAAAUGGAAAGCAAUACAACAAUAGCUGAAGAUAUAAACAAACUGUUAAAACUUCAUAAACAAAAGAAAAAGAUUGCAACAAAUACUAGUCCUGAAGUACUAGACCAACAUAUGUAUUAUGGUGCAGGGCUGAUAUCAAAUUUUGAUAAGUACCAUGAGAAUAAAAAGCUCACACAACCCAAGCCCACUAAGAGAAAGAGGGAUGAAUCUCCAAUGAAACCAAGCAGUUUAUUACCAGAUAUGUUUCAUGAGAUACAGGAAGGUGAUGUUGAUCUGUACUUGGAUAACUUUGAUGUACAAGGUAUCUUAGAUGAGAGUCCACUAAAAAUGGAACCACCCGCUAAGCCAUGUACCAUAACCAGGAAAGGAAGGACAAAGAAGUUCAAAGAUGAAGAGUCCAAGCGAAAAUGGGAGGACAUGAUGAUGAUGAAAAGGAAGAAGUCAUAUUCCAAUAUGAUUAAGAAGGAGGUUGGAAAGCAACAGAGAGCAAAAGUUAACAGACAUAAAGAGGCACUUCUGCAGAACAAGAAACUGGCGAUGGCUUGUCAGAAAGUGCUACGUAAUAAAGCUCUACAAUCUGCUCGCACCGUCAAAGAGUUGCAGUGGCGUAUGAAGCGAUUAUCGAGAGAGAAUUUGGCGUAUUGGAAGCGUUCUAAACGUGUCGACCGCGAGAUACGACGGAAACUGGAAAAGGAAGCUGAAGAACAACGAAAAAUUGACUUUGAAUUAGUCGAAGCAAAACGGCAGCAGAGGAAGUUGAACUUCUUGAUCACCCAGACAGAGCUUUACGCUCAUUUUAUGUCUAAGAAGAUCGCAGCCGAAUCCGAUGUUGAAUUCAGGAUUUUAAGUCAGCUAGAAGAAGAGAAAAAUCCACGACUUGCAAGUAUCGAUGAUUACAACAGUGAUGUUAUGAAAGCAAAAGCUAUCAAAAAUGCCCAAGAAGCAAUUCGCCAUGAGAAAGCUAGGACAAAACAAUUUGAUCUAGAAGCAAACAUACAUCGGGACUGUGAUGAAUCUAAGGUUUAUGAUACUGUAGACGGGGAGUUUAGCCAGCCAUCAAUAUUUAUGGGAACAUUGAAGGCCUACCAGCUUCGGGGCAUGAACUGGUUGGCGAACUUGUAUGAUCAAGGUAUUAGCGGAAUUUUAGCAGACGAAAUGGGUCUGGGAAAGACUGUACAAAGCAUUGCAUUUCUGAGCCACUUGGCGGAAGUACAAGAUUUAUGGGGACCAUUUCUGGUGAUAUGUCCGGCUUCGACGUUGCAUAAUUGGCAACAAGAAUUUGCUAAGUUUGUUCCAGACUUCAAAGUUGUUCCAUACUGGGGAAAUAUUGCGGAUCGGAAAAUUUUGAGACAGUUUUGGCACCAAGACGGUAUGCAUACUAAGGAUGCUGGAUUCCAUGUCGUGAUCACCAGCUACCAAAUUGUUAUCUCCGAUGUUAAAUAUUUCAACCGCUUUAAGUGGCAGUACAUGGUAUUGGAUGAAGCUCAAGCAAUUAAAAGUACAAGCAGUAUGCGUUGGAAAACAUUAUUAGGUUUCAACUGUCGCAACCGACUUUUACUCAGCGGAACACCUAUACAAAAUAGUAUGGCUGAACUAUGGGCUUUGCUCCAUUUCAUAAUGCCCACACUCUUCGAUUCACAUGAGGAGUUCAAUGAGUGGUUUUCGAAAGAUAUCGAGAGUCAUGCGGAGAACAAAACCGGCAUCGAUGAAAAGCAUCUAUCGCGACUGCAUAUGAUCUUGAAGCCUUUCAUGCUUCGACGAAUUAAGAAGGAUGUGGAGAACGAGCUGUCAGACAAGAUAGAAAUUAUGGUUUAUUGCCCAUUAACCACCAGACAACGCUUACUAUACAUAGCUCUUAAACAGAAAAUACAUAUAGAAGAUCUUUUACAUUAUACAGUAGGCGGUGGUGAUUCUCAUAGCGUUGACAAAAAUUUUACUUCGAAUUUGAUGAACCUAGUCAUGCAGUUCAGAAAAGUGUGUAACCAUCCUGAGCUCUUCGAGCGGCGAGAUGCGAAGUCCUCGAUAUUCUACGUGCCUCAAACAUACCAGGUUCCGCAUUUAAUCUACGAUUACAACGUCCGACAAGAAAACUGGAACGUUAUUCAGAAGUACUUCAUAUUUACAAAAGAAUACAUAGCUAAAGCGAUCGAGGAUCCUAGUAGCUUGUUCAGAUUUUGCACGUCCUUGCAAAUGUCCCCUCAGGACAUGUAUAAUGUAUUCCAGGGGGAUUUGUUAACUUUAUGGAGGUGCUUCUUUGACGUAUGCAAGCAGAGCAUUCGCGAUUAUGACCGAUCCAUGUGGGUUAAGCGAAAAUCUAAAUGUAAAUAUAUUUUGGAUCUGUCGACCUCCCUGCGAAUGUCCACUCCAGCUAUACUGAGUAGUCCAGCACUAAGCGAUUUUGUCUUUACCUUCAACAAUUCUGCUUCGAAAAUAGUAUAUAAAUACGACGAUUAUUCGUUGUACGCUAUCCCAGAGACCAUCGAGCAUAGAAAUAUCAGGUGCCGUGGCAGUGAGGACGAUGCUGAGGAUUCCGAAGCAAAAUUAAAAUCGAUGCCCGAAUUCCCGCACAUCAAGAGGAAACCGCAAGAAUUCAAAUGCCAGCAGAUCGCAAUGCCCGCAUUUUUGUUCUCAUGCAUGCCAAAGGUAUCCACGCGACAUCCGUCGCUGUAUUGCUGCUCCAGGAGGGCGGCGUAUGAUUUCACGAGGCACAUAGAAGAUUGGUCAUGGACGUCCCUCAAUCAUAAAUGGAGCCAAUCAACGGGCAAAGAGAUGUUUGUCAAAAGGAACAAGUAUCUGCAUCCCGUGGUGCCGUCUGGCCCGAUUGACGUGAUCACACCUCCGAAUGGAUGGUCGAAUAUAACAAUUCCCGAUAAGGAGACGCUGGUUACAGAUUCCGGGAAGCUGUUCGUACUGGACGGACUUCUGAAGAAACUCAAGGAGGAAGGCCAUCGCGUAUUGAUUUAUUCGCAGAUGACGAAGAUGAUCGAUCUGCUUGAAGAAUAUAUGUGGCACAGGCAUCAUAAGUACAUGCGAUUAGAUGGCUCCUCGAAGAUCUCUGAGAGACGAGACAUGGUCGCCGAUUUCCAGGCCAGGACUGAUAUCUUCGUUUUUCUUUUAUCUACAAGAGCUGGGGGGUUGGGUAUCAACCUGACAGCCGCCGAUACUGUUAUUUUCUACGACAGUGAUUGGAAUCCAACAGUUGAUCAGCAGGCUAUGGACAGGGCUCAUAGGUUAGGGCAGACGAAACAAGUGACCGUUUAUCGGUUGAUCUGUAAGGGUUCGAUCGAAGAGCGGAUACUGCAAAGAGCCCGCGAAAAGAGCGAGAUCCAGAAUCUGGUUAUAAGCGGAGGAAACUUUAAACCGGAAACGCUGAAACCCAAGGAAGUAGUGUCUCUGUUGCUCGACGACGAGGAAAUCGAGCUGAAGUAUCGUCAGCGGGCUGAGGAGAGGAAACACAUAGAAGACAUGCGGGAACUGGAUCGGAAGCGAAAAUAUGCGGCCACCUUCAAGAAUGCACAGGUUGCCACCACCACCGUAGUCGUGGAAUCGAAGAAGACCAAGACGGAGCCGACUCAGGAAAGCGGCAACGAGGAACAAUGGAUAUGCGCCGACAGUGUCCUGAGCAGCCCACCACACAGCGAAAAUUCGGCUGACGUUCAAACCACAUCCGAUGAUCUUACCGAUGCGAGCGUCCUGGACAUCGAUACCUGGGACACGAGUAACAAAAUAUUCAACGCUUAUCCGCAGGGGAUUAAGGUUCGCAAUCCGGCGAGGGGGUCGACGAAGCGGGGGCGGCCGCGCGGUUCGCGCCGCGUCUCUGCCCUUGGCCGUUUCACGACUGUUGUCAAUCCAGCGCAAUGCACAACCUCCUCCUCGAAUGUCGAUGUUUCAGAUCCCAGCGAGCCGGGCCCUUCGACGGCGCCUUACGUACCCUAUGAAUCGCCGGUCGCCACCCCGAAAGCCGGAAGUUCAACGGCCUCAUCGGGAUAUACCCGGAACGCAACGACCCGCCGCGGUCCCGGCAGACCCCGACUAAAGCCUAGCGGACCCCCGAACAAUGGCACGCGCGGAUCCUACAGGCCGCGUAAACCCGCGCGCCCCUUGCCUGUACCUUUACCAACCGAUGCUGGACCAACCUACACCUUCCCGACUCCACCCGAUCAAGACUACACUUUCUGACAAACGCUCCAACCCCCAUUACCCUUGCACAAUAUUCAACGGACUUCCAUACAGCGACAACCUCGGACCAUACAACCCGCGCAAACGCGCGCUACUAUCACCAGUACAGCUACCAUCGGACGCAACAAUCAGCUACGUAUUACCGAAACUACUCGACCAAGGCUACAACUUAUAAAACCUUCUAUUCCCAUAACUAUACCAUAUCAAUAUACAGCGGAUACAACUAUAUCUCCUAUUCCAGCAGGUCGCGAACUUCCUCCGGACCCUAGUCGCGUCCUCUAUCAACGGGCUCAGCGCCCAUCUGCAACUAUUCGAAUCUACCCGACAAAGACUACAACUGCUGAGCAACCCACUGCAAUUCCCCAAUUCACACAUACAAUAGUGAAGGAAUCUCAAAACUUCGGCGUAUACGAUUCUUACAAGCCGCGCAAAACCGCUCAACCAUUCCAGGUACCACUUCCAAUAGACGCAGCGUCCACCUACAUCUUACCAAUACUACCCGAUCAAGAUUUCAAUUCCUGACAGACCCACACCCAACACACGUUACACACUCAAAAUAUUUUGCGGAACCUCGAAAAACGCCACGCGCGUCUCCAACAAGCUGCGCAAAUUCGCGCGGCCCUUGCUACAACUACAGCAACUGCAACUGCAACUAGGCGCAGCGCUCACUCAACUCCUUCAAAUUCUACCCGACCGAGAUUACAACUUAUAAAAAAGCUACCCACAGCUCCCGUUAAAGAAACAAAACAUUAAACAUCAUUCCAAGAUAUAUUUAUAUAUAUGUACGUAAUGUAAGUAUUGUAAUUAUUAAUUUAUAACAUAUGACCUAUAAAUCCACAUACAUCGUAUGCCACAGAACGUGUGAAUGUAAUUAAUUUAAAAAAAUAACUGGAAAAAUAUGUGUGAUUCAUUUCAUAAGGAGGCUAGAGAGGAAGAAGAGUUACCAAAUCGCGCAUUUCAUUCUAGUUUGAUGUAUUUUGUUUUGUCUUUGAUGACACACAGAAAGCGAAAGUGAUUGUGAAACGGUUCGGAUCAUCCUACAUCCCAAAUGUGGGUGCAUCCCAUCGCCAUCCGCCGCGCGCGGACCUUACGUAACGGAACUACGUUAAUUCGAAUCAUUAACGGAUCGCCAUAAACGUCGCAUCAUUAUUAUUCGUAACAUUUAUAUGUGCACGUAAUUUUCUGUGUGUUAUUUUUUCCUCUAUUUUUUUUUGCCGCCGACCAUCGUCCAUGGAUGUAAUUGGUCCAAUUACCGGAGUCACCGUAUACGUUUAUUUCUUUUUUAUUUGUUUCGUUGUUGAUGUUUUGUUUUGUAUCGUUUUUUUUUUGCGUAAUAAUCAAAUAAUGGUUGCGUUUGUUUCCGGCGCUGUAAUAGUUCCCACGCCGUCUCGUUAUUGGUGCAUCAUCGUUUUCCAUUGCACCCAAUAUCUAUUUGCUCUUCUUUCGAUAUAGUUAUUCGCUAAGGGCAUAAGCCUAUCGAUGUGUUGUUCUCGGUGUAACCUUUAUUAAAUGUAACAUAUUAAUUUAUAUAUAACUGUCUGUUAGUGCAAUAUAUGUACAAGUAUAUAAGUGCUUCAAGCCUAUUGAUGUUUGAUAUAAUGUUUAAUGAAUAUAUGUAUUUAUUAGAACGCAUUAAAUAGUAAUCAGUAAAUACAGUCAUGGAGGACUCAAAUUGUUAAUGCAUUGAACAAGAAAUCCAUAAGUUGUAUACAUACUGAAUUUAGUAUUAAUAGUUUAUAAAUAUCUAAAUAUCAAUAUUAAUUUGUGUUCAUGGUAUAAUUUGUUUCAUUGUAUCAUUUG